CAAACCGGUUAACAACGUGCCCAUUGUGUAUUUGAUAAACAAAUCGAAGUCGAGAAUGUGGCUACGGACGCUUCUGCUUUUGGCCCUGCUGCCAAUUAAUCCGAUCUUGGGCCAAAUCAACGAAAUUGUCAGAUCCUGCAUCGGCUACAAGAAGUCCGUCUUUGAGGAGCAGGUUGGCUAUAGCUUUCUGUUUCCCAAUGCGCCCGUCAUGUACGAGACAAUUGACAACUGCCUCAGCUAUACGCCCCUGAUAGUCGGUGGGCAGCCCGCUGAUCCCAAGGAGUUUCCGCAUGUGGCUCGGCUCGGACACCUCAGCGCGCAAUGGAACAGAAUUGAAUGGUUCUGCGGCGGCACGCUGAUUAGCGAUAGAUUCGUGCUGACCGCCGCCCAUUGCUUUGAGGCAGAACAGGGAGAGCUGAACGUGGUUCGUUUGGGUGACUUGGACUUUGCAAACGACCAAGAGGAUGCAUCGCCCAAAAACUAUGCUGUGGCCGAUUAUUUCCGACAUCCGCAGUUCUCGAGUCCAGAGCUGUACAAUGAUAUUGGCAUGGUGAAGCUGGCCGAGCGUGUUAGAUUCGAUCGCUACAAGCAUCCGGCCUGCCUGCCCUUCGAGAGUGGCCAAAAUCUGGCGUCGUAUAUAGCCGUCGGCUGGGGCAGCACGAACUUAGGCGGUAAAUCCUCGACAAAACUGUUGAAAGUAAAACUUGAUCUUAUUGCAGAUGAAGUAUGUCGCCGAGUUAUUGGCCAAAGCGAUGACUAUCCACGCGGAUUCAAUCCGGCCACACAAAUGUGUGUGGGCUCAUCGAAGCCAAUGGACACAUGUAAUGGAGACUCGGGUGGCCCCAUUCUGGUUUACCACAAGGAAUAUCCGUGUAUGUACCAUGUGAUGGGUAUUACAUCGGCGGGUAUAGCCUGCGGCACACCGAGAAUUCCCAGUAUAUAUACACGCGUGUACUACUAUUUGGAUUGGAUUACGCAAAUUAUGGAAAAUUUUUAGCAAUAUCUAUAUAAUUAUAAAAGA